AAUUUUAAAAUUUCUGCCAAAAGCCUCAGAUUUAUCUAUCCGCCGGUAAGACAGCAAAGAGACCAAAAAAAGCAUUUCAUAUUUCUACCACAGCCGAAAAGGACCUCCUCCUGUCAGCACGCAUCAAUAGACACGUGGCGUAGGACCCAACACAUAAACAAAGAGUGAGAGUUUAUGACGCUCACAUCCCACAAUUUGUCUCUCUCUAACAUGAUGAAGCUCUGCUUUGCACGGGAUUGAAAUUGUUGAGAGGCUCUCCACCAUGGGGAUUGCGGUCAACCUGGUGACGUACUUGAUUGGAACCAUGCAUCUGCCAAGCUCUACCUCAGCCAAUAUCGUCACUGACUUUAUGGGAACUUCAUUCCUUCUGUGCUUGCUUGGAGGCUUUCUAGCUGAUUCCUUUCUUGGCAGAUACAAGACAAUCGGAAUUUUUUCUGCAAUACAGACACUGGGCACUGCUACAUUAGCAAUUUCAACAAAAUUACCUCAGCUACGUCCACCACCUUGCCCCAAUUCCAGCAGUAACAAUUGCAAGCAAGCUAAUGGAUUCCAGAUGGGAAUUUUGCACAUGGCUCUGUAUCUUAUUGCACUAGGGACAGGGGGCUUAAAGUCUAGUGUCUCAGGAUUCGGAACUGACCAAUUUGAUGACAAAGAUGAGAGAGAGAAAUCUCAAAUGGCCUAUUUCUUCAACAGGUUCUUCUUCUUCAUCAGUUUUGGGACUCUAAUGGCUGUCACAGUACUCGUUUAUAUACAAGAUGAAGUGGGUCGAAGUUGGGCAUAUGGAAUUUGCUCUGUUUCUAUGCUCAUAGCCAUUUUGGUAUUCUUAUAUGGAACUAAAAGAUACAGAUACAAGAAAAGCAUGGGAAGCCCCAUUGUCCACAUUUUCCAAGUCAUUGUUGCUGCCACAAGGAAAAAGAAACUGGACCUGCCAUACAACAUUGGCUCUUUGUAUGAGGACACUCCUGAGGCUUCAAGAAUAGAGCACACUGAUCAGUUCCGUUUUCUGGAGAAAGCUGCUAUUGUAGCUGAAGGAGAUUUCGAGAAUACGUACGGCUUUGCACCAAACCCUUGGAAAUUAUGCUCAUUGACAAGGGUGGAAGAGGUGAAAAUGAUGGUGAGACUCCUACCAAUUUGGGCCACAACCAUCAUCUUCUGGACCACAUAUGCCCAAAUGAUCACCUUUUCAGUUGAACAAGCCUCGACCAUGGAAAGGUCCAUCGGAAAAUUCCAAAUUCCUGCAGGUUCUCUCACGGUCUUCUUUGUGGCAGCCAUCCUAAUCACUCUGGGUGUUAAUGACAGAUUCAUCAUGCCCCUUUGGAAAAAGUGGAAAGGCAAACCAGGAUUCACCAACCUGCAAAGGAUUGCAAUUGGUCUUGUGCUUUCAAUAUUGGGGAUGGCCGUUGCUGCGGUGUGCGAGGCAAAACGAUUAGCAGUGGCGAAAGGAGUCGUCAGCGACACAAAAACGCUGCCCAUAACCGUGUUCCUUCUAAUCCCACAGUUCUUCCUGGUGGGUUCAGGUGAAGCCUUUAUCUACACAGGCCAACUCGAUUUCUUCAUAACCCAAUCCCCAAAAGGCAUGAAAACCAUGAGCACAGGCCUCUUCCUCACGACUCUGUCGCUAGGGUUCUUCGUCAGUAGCUUCCUAGUAUCGGUUGUGAAGAAGGUAACCGGGGCCAAAGAUGGGCAAGGAUGGCUCGCCGACGACAUCAACAAUGGAAGGCUUGAUCUGUUCUAUGCACUGCUGACCAUACUCAGUUUCAUCAACUUCGUUGCGUUUCUGGUGUGUGCAAUUUGGUAUAAACCAAAUAAGCCUAAAUCUAUUGUGGAAAUGGAGGCUAUUGAUCGAUCCAAUGCAGAAGAAAAGUGCUAAAAGAAGAAGAAUCUUUGGAAAUGAAUCGCGUUAUGUGUAAAUGUAGAGAUUAGAAUUGUGGGGUGAUUUGUAGUUUGGAUUAUACUUGGAGAGAUCGCAGAUGCUGUGAUGUGAACUAGUGAUGUUUAGGAUUGGCCUCAAUAUGUAACAUAAUAAUCAUGUUUUCAGUUUUCUUAA